UCUGGAGCCUGGAUUAACCUCAAGGUUGCAGAACGGUGUCAAUUAACUCAUGCCCAAAGCAACUAAAUAAAUACAGCAAAUGAAAAUGGCAAAGCCCAUUAGCCCACUCUGUGAUGCUAUUUAUUGCCAUGCAAUAGCUCUCCAACAAAAAAAAUAAAAAAUAAAAAUCGAAUCAUUGUUCAUCUCCAUCUCUCGUCUCCAUUGGCAGCUUAGAUAUCAUGACAAAUCUUUUUGUUCGUGUUUUGGUAAUAGCAGGGGCUCUCUUAGUGGGUCUAUCCGUAUCAGCUGUCGCCGUGUUCGUCAGCAUCGACUGCGGCUCCUCUGAAUCUUUUGUYGACGAGAACAACAUCAGGUGGGUUGGAGAUGAUACGUACAUUAAAACCGGCGAAAGUCUUACCGUCGAAAACCCGGAUUCGGUGAGUAUGCGUGAGUACAGAACUCUAAGGGUUUUCACGGGCAAGAAGAAUUGUUACUCCAUAGACGUGCCGAAGGGGGAGCGUGUCCUUAUUCGUGCAAAAUUUCACUACGGAAAUUAUGACGGAAGGUCGUCUCCACCAAUUUUUGAUCUUCAGUUCGACGGCAACAAAUGGGAUACCGUGGAAAUUGAGGCUGAUGAACGGGUUUACUACGAAAGAAUGUACGUGACAAAGCUUGAUCAAGUGAGCAUCUGUGUCGCCAUGACAAAACCUGGUCAAUUACCCUUUAUUUCUGCCAUUGAAGUAAGGAGCUUGGACUUCGGCAUGUAUGGAUACCUCGAUCCAAACGACUCCUAUUAUUCAGAUUGGACAAACUAUGGGGAUUCUACUCAUAUAAGGUUUCCAGAUGAUCCAUUUGAUCGAUAUUGGGAAGGAGUAGGAGAAAGCUUAUUACCAAUUUCGGUUGGGAGUGAAACACGAAUCCUGGACACAGGCCUGCUAGAAAAGCCUCCCCAGUCUGUGUUACGAACGGCAGCGGCUCCCCGAAAGUCGUCUCAGAUAGUACUAUUAAACUAUACCUAUUCAACCGAGCUCUACAUCAAUACAUACUUCACUGAAUUGCCUCAGCUCAACUCUUCUCAGAAGCGAUCGUUUACCGUCUACAUGAACAAUGAGUCAAUCUCGAAUCCCAUAAUCCCACCUUAUCAAUCUGCUCUCAAGAUUCCCUUCAACAUUAGCUUUAAUUCAUCUAAUACAGUGCUCUCUUUGGUCCCCACCCGCGAUUCCACUCUUCCACCAAUAAUCAAUGCAAUGGAGAUCUUCAAAAAAGAUGCUGAAUUAAAUGACGGAACCUAUUACACAGACGUAAAGGCGCUAGCAUUGUUACAGAGUGCCUGUUAUAAGCUCCAAGAAUGGAGUGGUGACCCCUGUCUUCCUGAAUCGUAUAAUUGGGAUUGGGUGGAAUGCAGCGACGACAAGACGCCUCGCAUAGUAGCACUGUAUCUUGGAAACCUUGGACUUCAAGGCUCUCUUCCAGAUUUUAGUGCCCUGGAUGCUCUUCAAGUAAUAGACUUGAGCAAUAACAAUUUAAGUGGAGAAAUUCCAGAUUUUUUCAGAAAAUUUUCACAUCUGAAACAGUUUGCUUCUGGUAAUCCAGGUUUGUGUGGAUUGGAGAUACCAUGUUCAAGYCCACAGGGCAACAAUGUUACAGACAGUGUACAGGAAAUGAAGAGUGGAGAAAUGCUUAUAAUAAUCCUUGGAAUUAUAAUUCCAAUCUUCUUUGUUUAUGAUUGA